AUGGAAACCAACUUAAAGCUAAGCAAAGACAAAGGGAACCUUCUCCCAGAUCCCACGAAUUUUAGAAGCCUCAUUGACAAAUUAAUAUACUUAACAAGUACACGACCGGACAUCUCCUAUGCGGUCAAUCAUCUCAGCGAAAUUUUAUUUUCUCCUUGGGUUCCACAUCUUCAUGAUGCACAUCGCAUUUUACAACACUUAAAAACAACCCCUGGACAAGGCCUAUACUUCCCAUCAAACACAACACCUGCUGUCUCAGCUUAUGCUGAAACAAGUCUAUCCCCGUCCACUAUCCAGAUCUCCUUUUUUUUGGAUGUUGAUUCGAGGACUUGUCGAGACACAAGGAGAUCAAUUUUUGAUUAUUGCCUAUUCUUUGGCAGCUCCCUUGUGUCAUGGAAAUCAAAAAAACAACAAACUGUAUCCCAUUCAUCUACUGAAGUAGAAUAUCGAGCCAUGGGAAAUGCUACUUCUGAACUCACUUGGAUCCUCACUCUCCUCAAAGACUUUGGCAUCAAUCAUUCUACUCCAGCACUGUAG